UUGGACUUGAAUGAGGUAAAGUCCGUCCGUCGCGCCAGACGGCUGGGAAAAACGCCGGGAAUACUGGAGCACAGAGCCCGGACAGCGGGACGGGGGUGGGGGGACGUCGGCUAAAGGCAAGCCGCAACGAAAGCCCCUCAUAACCGCAUGUAAAACAGAAUCGUUACUGAAGAAAGCGGAAAAGCCUGCGUCAGUGUUUUUAUUCGCCCGCGCGCGGAGGAGCGACGAGCGAGGGAGCGCGCGCGCCCGCCUCGUCCACGUCGAUCCGCGAGAUCGUUUUGAAUGUUCGGCUUCAUGGGUCUGAUGAACGGAACCACGGACACCCACACCAAUGUCUCCUGUACUUGUAACUGCAAGCGGUCCACCUCAUUCCAGAGUAUGGCCAUCACUCAGCUGGAGUUUGUGCAGAUUCUGGUGAUCGUUGUGGUGAUGAUGAUGAUGGUGGUGGUCAUCACAUGUCUGUUGAAUCACUACAGACUCUCUGCACGAUCUCUCAUAUCACGCCACGGACGGGCACGUCGACGUCACCUGCCCCUGCCAUCGGAGGGCAGUUUGUGGUCAUCUGAUUGUACAGGACCGUCUGGAGCCAUGAGUGAGCAGGUUUAUGCUCCUCGACCGCCCGACCACGUCCCUUCUUACCUGCAGCGUGAACGUCUGUCCCGCCUUCAGCCCACCUACCCCUACUUGCCGCACGCCAUCAUCGACCUUCCCCCGACCAUCCCGCUGUCAGACGGAGAAGAACCACCGCCAUACCAGGGUCCGUGCACUCUCCAGCUCCGAGACCCAGAACAGCAGCUAGAGCUCAACAGAGAGUCGGUCCGUGCCCCUCCUAACCGCACCGUCUUCGAUGGUCCGCUCAUCGACGCGUCGCUGUGCCCACCGAGCGUGAACGCGGGCAUCAGCGCUGGCAGGCUAGAGGGAGCUCCGCCCGCCUACAGUGAAGUAAUAGGGCACUACUACCACCCCACGUCUUUACAGCACCACACGCCGACUCGACCCGGCACGGUUGCGCCUCUGAUGCAGGGCGUGUUGCAGUCGCCCCAGCUCAUCUGCACGGACAGCAAAAACGCUCCCGCAAUAAAGAGAAGCACAAAGCUCAGCAGGUCUGACAUUACCGUGGUUGAUGUCAGAGCAAAGCAAUGUUGACACGGGCUGCGGUACGAGAGACUGAUGCAGCCGAGCGCUGGCGUGAGGGCUAACUUCCCUCAGAGUGCUUCCUGUUUGCCAGGGUAAGGAGAAGCAGUCAUGCAAAAGACUCGAAGCGGCUGCCCGUUCUCUUGCCAGUUUUUGCUUUCAUGACUCAUGACCUUGAUGCAAGGUUUCAAACUUUCUAUAAAUAUUUCUGUGUUAUUUGUCGUCAGUGCUCUUGAAAUACUCGGACAAGCUCCCAAACGGAGAGUUUGCCUCUCAGCAUCCUCCACUCUUUUCCUAAGUGAUUUUUACAUUUACUUGCUUGUCAUUGACCACGGUCACAAAUGUGAUGCGGUCCGUGUGUGAGGUGCCAAUAGCUGUUGCAUUAUUUACCCAUGCCGUACGCUUCAGAAGAGAGCGGCUGCACGCAAGCGUUUUGUUUGAUUUGACGCAGAUCAUGCUAAGUUGAACUGUGCCGCGCACGGGUAUAUUCAGUAAUGUAUGUGUGUAUAUAGGCUACAGUAUAAAUAUAUAUACAUGUGUAUGGAAAGCAGAAAAAACGAACUUAAAAAGCACGAUUUUAGAGUUAUUUAUAUAAAUGUCUAAAAUUGCACUAUUUUUAACAGCAGUCCACAAAUCACGCGGGUCUCCUGGAAAGACAUUAUUUGUUGGACUGAAGUUUGUGUUUGGAGCGUGUUGAAGCGAGUGCGUUGACCUGUUGCCCUUAACUACAAACCCAUCGAUGAGGACGGAUCUAUCGAACACCUUUGCUUCACAGCUCGACUGAACAAAUCAGCUGAGGGUUCUAGUGAUCAACCGAAGUCGUCUGAACUAGUCGUGGAACUAGUGGAAGAGGCUUUAAGAAUACUAGUUUGUAGCGUAGUUUAAUAUCAGAGCCCUUCAACUCUGUGUAUUUGCCUUAAGCUUGAUUUUAGAUUCUAGAGCUGUGCGUCAGCUACAUUCACAAUCAUUGAUGUUUCCAGCAGAAGUCCCAAACGUGGAUGAGAUUUCUUCUGCUCCUGUCCAGCUCGGGCGUCUCUGAAAGCACUUUAAAGACGUGGGAGGAAAUCUGUUUUGUUGAGAGGGGGAAAAAUGGAAAGGAAAUAAAUAUGCAACUGCUCCCUCGUUGGUUGGAACUUGUGAAAUUCGCUGGUACACAAGCAGCCCGUCUGAUUCUGAGUCAGUGAAUCAAUCAGUAUGGAACACAAUCUCAUUCAUACGCUGCCAAAUAAUGACUCGCGAGACGGUCGAUGGGUUUGCGUCCAGCUUUUGGUGAAGUCCCGUGAAUCAUUUUAAUUCCGACCAAUGAGGGAAUAUCGGGUGGAAUUUUGUUCAUUUUUACUCUAGGGAAACGGCGCUAAAAGAAGGUCAGCCUCAGGCGGGUUACACUUAUCAAACCCGUCUCCGAACACAUGAUCUAAUCUAAUGAAAAUGAUCCAUUCGAAUAAAAUCAUCUCUUGGCUAAAUGAGUUUCUUAAAGGAACAGAUCACCCAAAUAUGAAAGUUCUGUCAUCAUUUGGUCACUCUGCAGAAAUAAAGUCAUGCCUCUUUAGAAUGACAUGAGUGUGAGUUUGUUUUUCAUUUUGGGUGAACUGUCCCUUUAAGAGUGUUUAAAUUGAUAACCCUCUCUGCAGUUUGACAGAGACGCCCGCCAGCGUGUCCUGAUCCGUAGGUCACGUUAGCUGGCACCCGGUCAGCCAAUCAGGUAGCGGCUAACAGGAAGCGAUGUUGUAUGGAUGGUGAUGAUAUGGUAGUUUAGUGGAGAGAGUUGCAAUAUACCGACUAUUUGCCUUUUGAUAAUGUAGUUUGUUGUUUAGUUAAAGAUAAAGUAAGUUGUUUCUGUUGCUUUUUCUCGUAAAGGUCAUGUUUUUGCGUUCGAGGUUAAUGCAAGAUUUAUUAUGUUUUUGUAUGCAAAUAAAUAAUGUUAACUUACUCUUUGCUUUAGUUUCCUUCAGAUCGUUUCAUUGUCAGAUAUUGUUUAAGAAAAUAGUUCAAAUGUGUUAGUGUCCCUUCUCAAAAAAAAAAGUUCAUAUCUCUGUGUGCCUUCGAGUAGCCAGUAAAAAAACCCAUGUGUGUGUGUUUUUAGUGCAUUCUGUUGCCUUCAUAUCCAAAACUGCCCCAAUAAUUUAAAGAUGUUAUCAUACAAAUCUGCAUCAACAUGCAUUUAUGUACUUUUGGUUUUGGCAAAAUUUAAGCACAAAUUCGUUCACAAAACAUUUAGGCAAAUAACUGUUCCUGCAUUUGAAUCAGGUUCCAGUUCAUCUCUGUGUCGCUUUAAGCUCAGUUCAGACGAAUCGGUUAAUCUGGAGUCACUUCGGUUUCAUCACACACUUUUGGGGCUUUGUUUUAGUUCAUCUGUUUUGUCGGACUGUGAUUCUCUGGGUUCUUAAUCAAAUAACAGGAGCUUUCCAAGUUAAAAGACAUUUCCAAAGAAGCACUUUCUCUGUCAAACCCUUUAACAUGGGUGAAGGGUCAGAAUGAAUCAUUAUCUCUUGUGUGUCUUGUUUUAAGAAUUAAAGUGAUGCUAGCCAUUUAUCAUUUCUGUGCGUUUACAGUAUGAACAUGAUAUUUUCUCUUUCUGUCUGUCACAUGUAUGUGCAUGUCUUCAGCUGUAAUCACCACACAGACGCCUGUUAUUGUCAACAAUAACCAUUUACUUUUAACUGUUUUGUUUAUUUUUAUUUAUAUCAUAUCCUGAAAAGUGUUACCAGAUUUGAAUCGAUGUUGCUAUACGAGCGGGGGGGCAGUGUUUAAAACACACCAGGUUAUACAAUCUGAUACAUUUCAAUUAGCUGCCAAUUAAACAAAUAAACAUUUUAUAAAAAUA